AUGAAACAUCAGAAUGUCGUAAUUCAACAUUCAAUGAGGCGAGUUGUAUCUCCUAUAAAUGUUUCUGGUGUUAGUAUUAGAUUUUUCUGUGGAUCCCCUAAAAGUAAAUUUACAUCAUUUACUUCACUUUAUGGUAUGGGUUCUGCUACUAAUGCUAAUAUUACUACUACUACUACGAGAAUGACCACUACCACUACUGCUGCUGCUGCUACUACCGCAGGCAUUGGUGUGUCUAGACGGUUUUCAUCUACCAACGCAAAGAAGGAUUUAUAUUCUGUUCUUGGGGUAACACGAAAUGCCUCACAAGAAGAAAUUAAAUCAGCCUAUAAGAAGAAAGCCAAACAACUGCAUCCUGAUGUUAAUCCCAACCCGCGCGCUGCAGAAGAUUUUGCAGAUGUGAAGCAAGCAUUUGAUGUACUGUCUGACCCACAGAAGCGUAGUAUGUAUGACAUGACUGGUAACUCAGGAGCAGCAGACAGAUUUGGUUCAGGGCCUGGUUUUAAUCCUUUCGCACAAGCUGGUGGUGAAAACCCAUUCGGAGGUGCGAAUCCUUUUGGUGGAGCUGGUGGUAAUCCUUUUGCAUCAGCUGCAGGAGGACAAGGAUUUUCUUUUAAUGAUUUUGAGGAAAUUUUCCAAAAGAUGAGUGGGGCAGGUAAAGAUAAAACUCGAAAACCUCAGGGACCGGAACCUGGUGCAGAUAUUCACUUCAAACUACGACUUUCAUUCUUGGAAGCUGUUAACGGUUGCAGUAAAGAAAUAUCGUUUAACACAUUCCGUCGAUGUGGGGCUUGUUCAGGGAGUGGAUCUCAGGAUUCAGGCUCCAAGGCAAAAUGUGUACACUGUGGUGGAAGAGGAAAGAAAGUAAUGAGUACAGGAUUUUUUCACAUGCAGCAGGAUUGCACCCACUGUGGUGGAACUGGUGAGACAGGGCGUUCCUCCUGCACUCAUUGUAGUGGGAAGGGUAUUGUUAAGGAUCGCAGCGUACAAACUUUGCCUGUUCCUAAAGGCGUAGAUAACAAGGAACGUCUCAAGGUGACAGGAAAAGGAGAAGCAGGUGUACGUAAUGGACCCCCAGGUAACUUGUAUGUGGAAAUUACGGUUGAUGAACAUCCAGUAUUUCACCGUGAAGGGUGUGACAUUCAUGUUAUUACACCUAUCUCUCUCGCUACGGCUGUGUUGGGAGGUACAGUGCGUGUACCAACGUUAACAGGAGAGGUAGAGACAAAGGUACCCGUCGGAACACAACAAGGAGACAAACUCGUCUUGCGGGGUCGUGGCGUUCAUCGACCUAACCAAAACAAGACAGGAGAUUUCUACAUUCACUUCGCUGUGCUCUUGCCCAAGUCACUUACAGAUAAACAGAAAUCCCUUAUUGCUGAAUUCGCUAAAGAUGAGAAACCACUUGAAUUAACGGACCCACAGUUGCAAGAGCUGAAGAACCGCUACAAGUCAUGGUUCUCUGCCUAA